AUGGCUUCUGUUGAAGUAGGGAAAGUUCUUUUGAAUCAAGGAUUGACAUGUCUUGGACAUUGUGAAGAUGAAUCAUCACUAAAUAAAGUGGGAGAUUUUUUAAAAUGCAUGGAUGAACUUCGAGAAUCUCAAACCAAAAAGGUUAAAGAGGGACUUGAUAUGGGUGAAGUUGAAAGUGGUAAGGGAAUGAAUCAAGAACUUGGUCUUGCUAGAGCUUCCAAUACUCUGUGGCUUCAAGAAUUCAAUGAUCGCUUUAAUAAGGUUAGAACAGAUUUGGUUAUUGGAGUUGCUUGCUUGAAUCCAGUUGACACACUUUCUAGUUUUCACAUCAAGAAAAUAUUAAGAAUGGCCAAAUUAUAUCCUGAUGAUUUUGAUGAAGAUGUGAUGGUUACUCUUAAGAAUCAGCUAGAGUCUUAUAUUGUUGAUGUAUGUGAUGUUGAUAAAAGGUUCUCCAAUUUAGUUAACGCAAAGCAUUUAAAUUAUCCUCUUGUGUUUUACCUUAUAAAAUUUGUGUUGCUCUUGCCGGUUGAUACUUCUACUAUUGAAAGAGCUUGCUCGGCUAUGAAGUUGAUCAAGAGUGAAUUGCAAAAUCGAAUGUAUGAUGAUUUCAUGAGUAGUUGCAUGGUGCCUUAUGUAGGGAAAAAAUAUUUAAUACUAUUCCAGAGGAGAGUAUUAUGA